GAAGCAAGGCCAAGGCCAAAGCCUCUCAGCCCGGCCGUCGAGUUUGCGGCAAGCAGUCCUUGGGUGGCCGCUUGGUGAAGACCCUCCAGAAGACCAAGCAGCGGGAGGACAAAAAGCAGGACAAGAAGGAGGCCAGGGUGUCUGGACAGUUCGCGAAGUGCAUGAGCACGUACUACGAAAGGACACUCAAGGAAGAGAGGGACUUUGUGUUUUCCAAGUUGGCCGAGCACGACUCAUGGAUGCCAAAACUGGCAGCCAUGUUUCGCAGCGGUGCCUUGGAGAAGCUGCUCUCCAUGGAGGCGGAGCAAUCCAAGCAGUUGGCCGACGAGGAGGUCGCCAACGAGAACGGGGAGGACCUCGGCUUCCGUGUGAAGGGCAGGGUGACGAAGCUCUUCAAGUUGCCCAAGGACACCAAGACGAGGUUGCUGGAGGACUGGUUUGAGAGCGAGUCCUUCCCGGACCACGAGGAGGACGUCAACGUGGACUGGUUGAACCUGGUGCUCAGCUUUGUCCUGCACGUGUCCAGCAAAGCGAAUGUGCCGCCAGUCCCCAACAACCGCUUUGAGAACGUCCUCAGCAAGCAGUUUCAGUUGCGAGCCAAGUUCCUCCAGGAGAAGACGGGCUUCCUGCGAUUGGGUGUCGGUCAGCAUCUCGGGUGCGGGUUCCUGGGCAAGAAGGUGCCGCUGCCGAAGCUGCACGAAGGCACUUGGGUCCUCUCGUCGGAGCACGAGUUCGAGGCUGUGGUUCAGAGCUCCACCAACGAUGCCAUGAGCCUGAUCUGUGCAAGUUUCUUUGACAAGGAGCUGAAGGACUUGAACCCUGACGACACGUGGAAGUAUGACGAAGAACCGCCGGCAGGAGCAGUGAGCUCGCAGGCUGUAGUCUGCGUCACUGGCCAAGAUGGGGAGGCCAGCAGAUUUCGAGAGCUAGUCGCACUACCAGACUCCACAGCGUGGACGGAUUUCGAGAUACAGCAGACUGCAGAGGGCAGUGUGCUGAAGUACACUGACGAGGAUGGUGAGCAGAAAGAAGAAGCUGUCGCUUCCAUUAUGCGGUACUCCAAGCAGGACAACGAACUGCUGGAACACAGCACGGGCCUCGCCACAUCCUGGGAACAGUGCUCCCAGGACAUUCGCGGCAGCGCCCUCACCAUGGAAACCCACCAAGGCAAUCUCUUCCGGGCCGAGAUCGCGAUCCACAAAGUACCCAGGGUGGUGGGCGAAUUAUCAACGGGUACUUGCUUUUGGCACACGAGGUGGGUGGUAUCCUUCCUCGGAGGCCAUAGAGACCACAAUUUCUCAAGCCAUGUAUCGCAAUCCCUCAGCAACAAGCUGAUGGGCUACCUGCAAGCAUUAGCCACCACACCUGGCUUGACCGAGGCAGAUAUCAAGCAGAUAUCGGACAAGCAUCUGACGAAAAGCAGGCGUUCCGAAAUAAUGACAAGCAAGCAUUCCCAAACAGUGAGAAACAAGAUCAAGAGGAAGGCUUCGGAAGCAUCCCUGGACGAGAACGAGGAGGCCGACGAGGCAGAGGCAGAGGCCGGAGACGAUGGGCCGCUCCGGCCGGUGAGACGAAAGAGCAGCGGGUCGCUGGAAACUUCGCCUGCAGGAGAGUACACCAUGUCCAUGAUGAUGAUGCUGGUCUUUCUGUUGCAUCUGUCCUGCAGAAAGAUCAGCUCGAGGAGUGGUUGGAAGGCGGGUGCGGAGAUUGUGGCUGCAAAAGCAACCAUGCUGCUCCGAGCUCUCGCUCGGAUUUUCGUUCGUGCUGCUCAGACGGUGUGUCUGCCAAAGGCCGCAGUGGAAGUGCGAGUGCAGGAGGACAGUCUCCAGGUUCAUGUGCCGAAUUUGGUGGAGUCUUGCAGUGCAUUGCGGAGCAUCCAAGACAUUGUUGAGGAGGGCUACCCUUGGAUUGAUAUGGUGGAGCUCAUGCAGACAGCCUGCCAGCAGGCACAGGCCUGCAAGGACAGACAGAAGGGCUCCGACCUGGUGACCAUGGAGCGAUACAGCUACAGUCUGGAGCUGCACAAGCAUUUCCGGAAAGUUCGGCGGCUCUCGCUUUGCAUUGAUGGUGUGCAGGUCGGCAGCUACAGCUUGCUGAACACGGUGGCCUGUGAUCUCCAGUCAGGCUGUAGCGGCAUCUGCCCACCACAGGUCCUGAAAAAGCUCAAGGAGAACAGCGGCCCUGCUGGCAACCAGCAAUCCUGGAAGAGGAGGGUAGCUGAGUUCGUGAAGAACCGAGACGACGAAACCCUGAACAACAGAAGGAAAAGACUCAGGGACAAGUCCUCAGUAGAGCCCGUGCGAGUAGCCACGAUGCAGUGGAUGUUAGACAUCAAUCACAGCAUGCAGUGGCUGGGCUCCUCUCUCAGCGAUUUCUUUAUCAGCGAGGAGGACAUCAAGCAAAGCGAGCAGCCGCCAACUCUGGUGAUCACUACGGACCAAGAGGGCACACAGAUUGCAGCUACGAACUUCCUCAGAUGGCACCUGAAUGCAUGCAUCGAGCACACAUACGAUCCUCAGCACAGGAGGUCCAACGAUACCACCCUGGCACUGGGACAGGCUGGCGUGUUGAAGCAAGCCUGCCAUGCAGUGGGCCUGUACAACUUGCAGUAUGGGCCUUUUCAGAAGGGAGGCUUUCAUGAGCAGGUGGUGGAUGCAGCAAGAGAGAUGCACGAGGGCAUGAGUCCCAACGAUGACCUGCUGAAGCUCUUCUUCGGUGACAUCCUCCUGGACUUGGGAGAGAGCCUGGACAACAACAACGAAGCCAGGCGGAGGCAGUACCUGCGAGAGCUUCCAAACUCCCCCAUCGUCAAGUCCAAGGGACCCAAGGCGAGUAUGAGCCGUUUCAACUCACUGCAGCACUCACAGGAUCACCUCGACAAACACUGGAGCAGUUUCGCUUUGAUCCUGACCGUGGUGUGCCUCACUCAGAAGUUCGUCGACUUCGCCGACGAGUUGUGGGCCCCGGCAGGAGCAGUGGCAGCUAUCCUGAAGGAGCAACCGCCGGUUUCUGCCGCCACAGCCAAGAAAGAGGCCAAGGAAGCCCUGAACAACAUGCGAUCAAAGACAAGAAACACUUUGCACCUGUACUGCAAGUGGAUAAACGACCCCGUGAACAAGAACUUGGCUCGUAUGCUGUUCUACCUGCAGAAACCAGAGAGCGACGACAGCGGGCAGAUGCUGGCCAGCAUGCGAAGUGCAGCUGCUUGCCGGGAGCACUUUAAGAAGUGGAGUCAGUGGAGCUUCCUGGAGAUUGCCCAGCAGCAGAUCGCCGUGCUCAGCAAUCUCACACUGCUGUCCAGGAUGGGGUUCGAGAUGAGUCGCAGUGCAAGAACCAGGAGUGAGCUCACUGAGGAGAAGCUUCAGUGCGAAGAUGCCUUGGCCAGGAAGUGCUGGCUGGUGUUGUGCAAGUUGCUGAAGUUCCGCCUGGGUUCCAUGACUUGGCACACAUGGUCUCUCCCCGGCAUCUGUGCAGGCCUGCUCUUUUACGAGGACACAGCGAAGCAGCAAGAGACCCGAUCCUUCCUGCGAACCAUCGACCAGGUCGUCGUGGCUUGCGAGGAAAAGGGAAGCCUAGCAGCCAAAGAGUUGCUGCAAGGCCAGGGUUGCAACAGCCCCCUCAUGAGAUGGCUGAGACACAGGUUCCGAGAAGAAGCCCCAGACUACUCGAGAACACCACCUUGUGUAGGCAAGUGCAUCUACGAAAUCUUCGGUGGUUUACUCAACACGAAACUGGUCGAGGACCUCAAUAAAUUGCAGCGAGAACAUGAGUGCCGUGACACGAACAGACAGGAAGUGAGUCCAAGCCUCAGCUGGAGAGCAGGCACCCAGCACAACUUGCUGGGAACCUACGACAGACAGGAGAUCAAGGUGUCUUGCCUCAGCAACAUGCCCCGUGACUACGAGUCGGAUGCCUUCUACAACCGCAACAUCGUCAAGAAUGAGACGGCGGAGCACAAGAAGCUUGAGCACGACCUGAAGAAGGUCACAGGGCCAGCCACCUGGUACAUCUGCACACCAGAGUCACAGCAACAGACGUUUGCGAACUUGGCCCUCCUCACAGAGAUCGGCGAUGAAUACCAGAAGGUGGAGACCGCAUGGCAUGCCUCCCUUCUUCCAGAGCACCAGGUGGUGACGAAGUCUAGCCAGGCAAGCUCGGCGGCAGCUAAGUACUACUUCGUGGUUCGCAGCUAUCGCAAUGCAGCUUUGGCCUGGGAGAUGUCCUGCGUCAACAGGAAGAAGCCCAAGGAGAAAGAGUUUGCCUUUAAGAAGGUGACAAAGCUGGAAUGGCUCUUCCUCUUCAACAAGAACGACUACUUGGUGCACAAGUUGACGGCACAUUCCCCCAGCAGGGUUUGGAUGCUGAAUGAGAAGCAGACGGGUGCUGGUUGCAGCAUCUGGAGCAGCAUGGAGCCGAGCACCCUGGAGCAGCACCACACAUUGCACGGAUUCUCGGGAAUCCCGGAGGACAUCCUCAAGAGGAUGUGCAAUGAAUGGGAAGUCGGCGUGGCCAGCGUGCCCAAAGGCGUCACAGAGCAGCAGGCCCUGCAGACUGCCUUGACCUUGCAUCACGACCCAGCAACAACCGCCGAAGAGGUCCUGGCCAAAGUCUUCGACAACUCGGGAGCUCUUGAGGGCGAGUGCAGCGACGAGAUCCUGGAAGAGGUCCAGCAGAUCAUGGAGGACUCUGUCAUUCAGCAAGAUCGAGACCAGAUUUUGAGCAUUCUGAAGAAGAGCGAACAAGUGAAGCAAAACAGGCAGAAGUCCGUGGACAGCCUCACUGCGUACUUUGAGGAGACGGUCAAAGUCCUGGCACCAGCGAAAGCUGCUGAGAGGAAGAAGAGCUUGACAAAGAAACCGAAAAAGAACGAGGCGGCAGAUGUGCCCAAGGACAAAAAGGCGGAAGCCAGCAGCAGCAAGAAGAAGAUCGAGGAAAGCUCCACAGAUCCCCCAUGCGAGCCCGGAAGCUCCUACGACAACAGGCAUUACCAGUCUUUGAACGAGGCCAUUGACGGGUACAUCAGAAAAGGGAAGCCUGAGAACAUGCACAUGCUCACAGAUCCGAAAAACGGACGAUGGCGGUUGACGUGGAAGAGUGCAGAGGCCACGGAACAGCGGAGUGUCUCCUGGACCCACGUGGGGGCCAAGCUGGCCGCCGAGGAGGUCUUGAAACAAGGUUGGGAUUGGAGCAGAACUUACUUAGGUCGCGACAUGACUCCAGAAGCAAAGCGCUGCCUGGAGAUGAUCCGGAAUCAUUCUUGA